UUUUACAGGUUCAAGUUACUUGUACUUAAACAUUCAGCCGCCAAUAAAUUUUCCUAAUUUGCGUGGUUUAUGGCUGUCACUCGGAUAGCGAUCGUUCUUGGGGAAUUAUUAGAUGAAGGUCAAAAAUCAUCCCUGGUAAAGAAUGUGAUUCAAGGUUUGAGUACAUGUCCACCAGAUUUUCUGCUAAAGGUCCAAUCUCAUCUGGAUAAACUGACAAGCAAUCAACAGUGUUCAUCUGAGUGUAUUUUCUCUUACAAAGAGGAAGAUUUUGAAUUCUUAACAUUAUGUCGCCCAUCUUCAUCUGGAAUUACGUCGUUAUUAACAAAUUUUCUUCAACCACCAAAAAAUUCUGAUGUCACUCUUAAUGUUAUUCUUAUAUACGCUGGUUUAUUAUCGGAGGGAUCAGCUCAUUGGUUGUUACCCAACUUUGUGUUAACACCCACAUUCUUGACUGAUUUUAUUCAACAUUUGUCUACUCUACAUCCUAAACCAGAUGAUACGGAAAGUCUCCCAUCUCACAAACCUAUUCGGCUUCACAUUGGUAUCGGGGCCGUUUCAUCGGGUGGAGACUGGCGUCACCUUGUUAGCAACCCACCACAGCCUAUUGGAGGGCAUGUAUUGCAAGUUACAGUUAACCGUUGUCGUACAGUAGCAAAACCAAAGACUAACAAGCCUACAGACCCUUCUUCGCCAUCUUCUAGCUCAUUUGAUUUUGAGAGUUUUCUAUGCGAUAUGCUAACCAAACUGCCUGAUCCUUAUUGUAUUCCUCUCAGUCAAACUUUGGUAAUGCGCUCACCAACUGAUCUUACGCUCAAAGUUUCCAAACCUUGCAUUUAUGUGUUCCCUGAAGGUUCUGGGCAGGUAUCUAUCCUCGCUCUUCCUUUUUACAAUAUGCUAAUUGAUGGAGGAUGUAGUCAUAAACCUUGCUUUUGGUCUGUUGCUAAUUAUCUUGAUCGCCUGGAUUCUGUUCUGGUAACUCAUUGGGGUAUUGAUAACAUACUUGGACUGAAAACAAUUCUUCCGACAGUUUUCAAACCGAGCAAUGAUCAAUCGUUACUGUGUCUUCUCACUCCUCCACCGAAUAUUAACAACAUGAAAAUAAAUAAUCAUACUCAAGAUCCACUACCGUUUACGAUUAAUCUACCAAUGUAUUUUUCUAAUUUAGUUGGAGAAAUAAAACGUUCUGGUACUAAUCUCAUGGUCUACCCAGUUACUCGAGGAGGAAAACAGUCAGUAGUUCCAAAACCGCUACAACUUUUCCAAAAAGUAGGUCAAGGUUGUUUGGAGUUAUUCCCAUUGACCCCUGGAGAUGAUGAUUCUGCCGAGUUGCGCAAGUUAAAUGAUGAUUGGUCUAAAUGUGCUCCUUCACUAAUGGCAACAUCUGUCCCAUUAAAUAAAAGUUCAGGAAACAAAACAACUGUUCCACUUCUUUCCUACACAAGCGUAUCAGCUUUGGUUGUUUGGAGACCUACUAAAGAUACGGAAUCUAUACUUCGAUUUCUUUUUGUAUCACCAAAUGCGCAUCAAACACGUAUUUUGUUAAGUCUUGAUGCAUUAAUUACUAGUUUCAUCUACCUUCGUCAUCCCAAAGCUGUCCCAGCAGAGUUCGAACGAAAACGACCAUCACAACCUUCAAGUGCAGCUUCACGUCGCCCAACGGUACCAGUAACGCACGCAACAUCGGGUAGUAACGAAGGCAGUAUCAAUUCUGUAGGACAAAAUAAUAAUACUACCGCUUCUCGGCCAUCUCAUGUAGCAAAGAAGGGGACGACGACAAAGACAACACAGGAUACUGCAGCACAUCGGCCUCCAUCAUCUAAAACACCUGCAAGCAGUAAAACACAAGCGAAUGCUAAACCUCCUGUUAACAAAACUAAUCACGUGGUUAAAAAUGCUGAUGUUGUUGUGGAGUCACCAUCUAAACAACCAGAGGUUCAUGAUAAUGAAGUUUCUACACCAAAUUUGAUACCUUCAGAAUUAAUUACUGAAAGUUCCGAUAUUCAUGAUGUAUCAAAUAAUAUUAUCAAUGGUGAUAUGAUGCAUAAAACAAAUGGUUUUACUCAUGAUCUUUCCGAUUUUGAGCCUUCUGUUAACUCACAGCAAACGAGUCAUGAUUUAUUGAUUCAUGAUGUGAAUUCAAUGAAAUUGCAAGAUUAUGGUGAAAAUGUUUUUAUCGCUGCUGAUAAUCUUAAUAAUAAUAAUAAUAAUAAUAAUAAUAAUAAUAAUAAUAAUACUGAUACUAGUGUUAAUAAUAAUAAUAAUGUAAAGGAUUGUAAUCAAAUGAAGUCAACCGGUUUAGAUGAAUAUGAUCCUAUUGCAUCAUGGGGAUCACCCCAGAAUUUGCCUUUACCGCCUACAGGUUCAGAAGUUGGCAAAAAACCUGAAACAGUUGCAACAACAAACGGUGAAAAGAAAUCCGCAUCUCAUUUGACGAGGAGGGUUACAUCUGUCAACAGUAGUAGUGGUAGUACAGCAUUGGGUGCAACAAAAACUGGUCGUCUUUCUCUUGCACCUCGUGUUGGUGGAAUACAUUCGAGUAUAAGCAACCAGCCAGUCAGUUAUCCUCCUGGCUAUACUAUUGCCUCUGGUCAUGCUCCAGGUAUAGCAAAGGCUCCUCCAUAUGAUAAGGUCAAACCGAUUUAUGUUGAUGUUGCUUUUCUACCAGGUAGUGGAAAUUCAAAUUACGUUGAUGCUGAGUGGUUUAAACGUGUUCGAGCUCGUUAUUAUGUAGCCACUGAUGUAAGACCAACAUGCUCUCUUCUAGAAUCCUUAGUCGUAGGAAAAGAAUCAUGGGGUGGUGAUGAUGCACAACUUGAUGUCUCUUUAAUAUUGGCCUAUGAAACUGAGGAGUUAUUAGUAUGGCUUGGUGUGAAUGCUGGACGUCUUAACAAUUGUCAUGUUAAUGUUGCCGCCGUCAUUUCACGUUCAUCUAUCCAAAUAUUAAAUGAAAAAGCUUCAGCUGUCGGCGAUGGUCCUCUUAACUAUCCAGGCUAUCGUAUAGACCUAUUUUAACCAAAAAGAUUGAUCAAAAAAUGGGUUUGUUGAAGAAAAUCUACCAUAUUUUAUCAUGUUAAAUUUGAUUCUGUUAGAAUACUGUUUAUAUUAACCAUGUGACUUACAUUCCAUAUAACAUUAAUCAAUAACAUACCUUUAUUUGACUUAUUUUAAAGAGAUUGAAAUGUUACUUAGAUACUUAAUUACUUAUACCUAUUACCUCUCGUGGAGGAGCUUAAGCCACCCUCCCAGGAUUCACCAACUGACUCUGUCCUCCUUUCUCUUUUUCAGUUGUUGUUUAUUCUUUUGAUAUCUGCUUUCGAUUCUCAGAGCAAUGCGUUCAUUGAUAUUUUCCUCUCCCGUUUCCUUUCAAGAUUCCAUGUUAGGGCUUGCAGUUUGGUGAUUUCCACAACGUAUGUCCUAUUCACCAUGAGUAUCUUUUCCUAAUUUACUCUUGAGAUGGAAGCUAGUUUUUUCUCUCUCAAAGUAGGCUGUUGCUGAUGGUAUCCGACCAACGAACAUUGAGUAUCUUGUGUAGGUUACUGUUUAUAAAUACUUGUACAUGAUUGAUGAUGGUUAUAGAAGUACUCCACGUUUUAGAUUCAUAUAGUAGAACUGUCUUGAUAUUGGUAUCGAAGAUUGUGACUUUGAUAUUGGUUGACAGUUGAGUCCGAUAUGUUCUUCAAUUGUAGAAAGGCUGUUCUUGCUUUGCCAAUCAAUCCUUUCAUCUACUUCUGUAUCGGAUCCUCCUUGUUCAUCGAUGAUGCUGACCAGGGAUGUGAAACAUUCUACCUCUUCCAAAGUUUCUCCAUGAAGCGUGACUAGGUUGGCAUUCUCUAUUUUGCAUAUAUCCCUUGUGUAUUUUGAGGCCCAAUGGUGCAGAGACUACUGCUACACUAUCUUCAUCUGCGUUUGUUAGUGUGUAUAGAAUAGUAUGGUCAAGUCAUGUGUGAAGUCCGAAUCGCCUAGUUGCAUCCAACCUGUUCAUUUUGUUCCGUACUUUUGGUCAGCUGUCGAGGUCUUCCUAAUCCAGUCGACCACCAGAAGAAAGAGGGAGGGGGAGAGUAAGCAGCUUUGUGUGACACUGGUCCUCACUUGGAGUGUGUCAGUCAGCUGACCCACAUGCAUAACCUUGCACUGUAGUCCGUCAUAUGAAUCCCGGGUGAUUUUGACGGUAUUCUCAGGUAGACCAUAGUGUCAAACAAGGUUCUGUAAGGUCCUUCUGUCCACACUGUCAAACGCCUUGUCACGGUCAAGGAAGCUGAUGUAUGAUGACGAAUUCCAUUCAAUCGAUUGUUCAACGAUGAUCCGUCGUGUCGUGUUUUGGUCUGUGCAUGAUCGAUGUUUACGGAAUCCAGCCUGUCGACCUCAAAGUUGGGCGACUGCUGAGUCGUUCAUCUGGUUCAGCAACACUCUGUUGAAAACCUUUCCUGGUACAGAUAAUAAUGCUAUGCUUGUGUCAUCCUCACAUUUGCUCAGAUCUCUUUUCUUUUGUAUAUUGAUGAGGUGUCUUUAUUUCGACACUUGUUCCUCCUCCCAAAUCUUCUUGAAUAGAGUGUGAAGCAUACUUGCAGUUACUUCUAUGUCUAGCUUUAGUGCUUCCACCAGUAUAUUGUCAGGUCCUGCUGCUUUCCCACUCUUCAUUUUUCCGAUGAUUUCUUUGAUUGUUGGUGGAAUGACAACUAUAGGAAGGUCUGUGUGUGCGGCUUCGACGUCCGGUGAAUUCACUGGAGCUUGCCUAUUCUAGAGUUCUUCGAAGUGUUCCACCCAUCCGUUCAUCUGUUCUCGAAUUUCAGUGAUUGGCUUGCCUUCUUUGUCCUUGACCGGUCACUCUGGUUUACUAUAAUUUCCUGAUAGUUCCUUCGUUAUGUCAUAGAGAUGUUUCAUGUUUCCUUCUCUUGCAGCUAUUUCCGUUGUCGUUACUAGGUUUUCCACGUAUUUCUUCUUGUCGGCUCUAAUGCUCUUCUUCACUUGGUUAUUUGUUCCUGUUUAUUUAUAUUGUGCCUUCAGUUUCUCUGCUCUUGUUCGGCUGUUAUUAGUUGCUGUCUUCUUCUUCCUAUCUUGAAUCUUGUCCAGGGUUUCGAUGGAGCUCCAGUCCUUAUGAUGAUGCUUGUUGCGGCUCAGAACCUCCUGAUACGUUGAAGUUAGUGCUUCUUUGACCCCCUUCUUACUGUCCUCCAUAGUAGAUUUCUCUUCUUCAAAUAGAUCCUGUAAUGUAACAUACUUGAAUUUAUAUCCGAUAAUCUAAUUUUACUUUGUCUAUUAUAAGAAACACUUUUAAAUCAUUCAGGAUCUGAACACAAAAGAAACUAUCCUAACUAACUUUCCUUGAGCAACAAAAUUGAUUUUUCCUUAUUUUCUUUCGGAUUUUGAAAUUAAAGACAAAGUUGUCAUGAAAUCAUAACCAUAAGUCUAUGGUUCAAUUGAUCGGAAUAAAAACAAUCGGUUGGUUUCAAAGAAAGUAGAAUAAAAGAAAAAAAAGAAGAAAAACUGAUCAGUUCUUUAUUGCAUAGAAUUCAUUUUCAUUUUGACUGAAUUAAAAAUAAGUUUAGAUGAUAACUGACUGAUGAAAUUGGUCAAAUUAAGAUUUAAUGCCUCAUUGUGAAGAUUGUAUAGACAAUCAUUGACUGAGGUUGAUGGGAUAAAUAUUUACAUAUACCUAACCGUCAGUUAGUGUACGAUUUUCAACUAUAGAUAGUAUUGAAAUUAAUUGAAAGAAUGUUGGAAGUACUAAAUUAUGAUGUAGAAUUAGCUCAUGAAGUUAUUGACUGUUGAUCUGAACUAUUUCAGAAAUUGGUGACUUACUUAUUUUAGAGUUACGUAAUUAAUGUAGUCUAUGAUCUAUCUUGGGUGAUAUAGCUUAAUAGGACAUCUUGUCGAUUAAUAUGUUAAUCGAAGUAGAUAUCAGCUUAGCAGAAUGAUUUCGGUGGAAUUAAUUUCUAUACGUUGAUUAAGAUGAUGAAAACCUUUAAAGUAAAAUCUUCCAACUCAGAGCAUACAACAACAACAAAGACUAAACACUGCUUAUCACUGACAAAUUGUGCCAAGAUGGAACUGUGUAUUGGCACAUCUUAUUGAUAGAUGUUAUACUGUAGAUAAAUCGGAAGCAUUUUGAGUGAUCUAUCGUAUACCUUCAUCAUUUCCCAAUGUAGUUCGUUCCCGUCUCCUAAAUAUAGCUGGAGCCAUAGGUUUUUUUGGAGAUUGUAGUCAUUUCAAUAGUUGAGAUCAUGAGACAGUUGAAGCUAGACCAUACAUAUAGAUCAGAUCACUUCGGUAAACAAUUUUAAUUCGACAAAAUAAUAUGACUUCAAGGAGCACAGUAGUUCGAUCCUGAAUUAUUCAAAAUAGUUGGUUGAACUUAGUACAUCUAGACGUUCAUCUAGCUAUGCUUUGUAACAGAUCACAUGAAAUUGAGUUUGUUCACAAUUAAUUCAAUUAAGCCAUUUUAUUAACUCAUUAACGAACUGAGUCAUCCUAACAACAACUUAUCUAUAUCAUUGUAUCUUUAUUACUAUUACGAAUGUAUGAACAUGUAUGCCUGAAUAUUGCUUACGCUCCAUGCAUUUAUUUACUAUGCUAAUCUUACUACUAACCACUUAUUUGAUUCGAUGACUCAUUCAUUUCACUAUGCAUAUAUAUGUGCAUGUUAUUUAUAUUCGUUGCUCUUGCUCGCUUAAUUGUACGCGCUUGCUCGUAUUCAUAUUCGCUGACUCCUCGCUCGCUUGCUUGCCUUUCGGCAUAACUCUUCUAUGCUUGUUUAACGCAUCUGUAAUUCUGGAUAUCUGUAUGUGCGUGGUCCCGUAAUAAGCGUAAUCAACACUUCGUAUUCGCCUUCUGAUUAACAUACCGUUGGGGCGUUAUCUAGUGACGGUUAUCAAGACGAACUGUAUACGAAGUUUAAG